AUGAUUGUAAAUUUUAACGGCCCAUGGCAGACUUUGACUUAUGUAGAUAGCGCUGUUUAUGGUGUUCCAAGCAGUGGUGUCAUGUGCCGUCAGGUCCUUAAAGAGUAUGAAGUUUAUGGAGAUGCCGUUCUUGGAAUGUAUGGAAAGAAACCAACUGUGCGUGAUGUGGCGAAGCCUUUCCUUGGUCUUUUCCAUUCAGAGCCUGGAAAGGGUUUGUGGAAGCGGAAAGCUGAUGCAGCUUUCCAGCAUUGCAAUACGAUCAAGUCUUUCUUUGAGGAGACACUCGAUGCAAUUCCCGACUCUGUGUUGGACGCACCUAUUGCGGAGGUUCCAUCCCGUUCAGAAAACCCUUUCGCUAAUGCUUGCAGCCUUUUGUCUUCAUUCUCCUUCAGGCGCGUACCAUGA